GCUCGGCGCACGCAGACCGCCCGCGCCGCCUGCGCCGCCUCGCGAGUGCUGUGAGUGAGUGACAUGCGCCUCCGGAGCCAGCCAUGAGCGGCAAGGGCUCCUCCUCACCGGACCUGCUCAUGAAUGUUAGUAUCGACCCUGUAUCCGCGGAACACAAGGAUAUGAAGAUUUUAGAGCAUCCGAGCUUACGCGGCACGCCUUUGGCGAUGCUAGCAGCGCAGUGUAACAAGUUGUCCAGCAAAUCUCCUCCUCCGCUAGCGGACGCUGCAGUGGGCAAGGGAUUUCAUCCGUGGAAGAAAAGUCCGGGGACGCAUUCGCCGCCGGGUGCUGGUGUUGCCCCUCGCACACAGCCGCCAUCUUGUACGCCGUACGGCCGGGCUCCAACGUCAUGCGCAGCAGCACCCACCUAUGGAAAUGACCUCUAUUUCCCAUCGUCAGGAGAUCAACUUCUGGGAAAAAGUGAAUCCAGCGCAAGCCUUGGCUCAAUGUACUCGAGACAUCCUUAUGAAUCCUGGCCCUUUAAUGUUGGAGGUGGAGGUGGUAGUGGAGCGCUUAAAGCAGCGGAAAUGGGUGGUGUAGGGGCAGUUGGAAGCACUUGGUGGGAUGUUCAUAGUGGUUGGCUAGACGUUGGAGGUCAAAUGGCAAAUUAUGCAGGCCAAGACUAUUCACAACUAACUCAUUCUCUUUCGGGCGGUGCUCAUUUACUCCCACCGGCUCCUCACCUGUUGCAAGACGCUUAUAAAUCUGUUUUACCCACCCAAGGAUCUUUUGGGCUACAUGCGCCCGGCUCACCUGCACCCCCUGCACAAGCUCCAUCACCACGGUCACAGCGAAGAUACGCCGGUCGAGCUACAUGUGACUGCCCUAACUGUCAAGAAGCUGAGCGACUCGGACCCGCCGGAGCGCAUUUACGUAAAAAAAAUAUUCAUAGUUGUCACAUUCCAGGAUGUGGAAAAGUAUACGGAAAGACGUCUCAUUUAAAAGCUCACUUGCGCUGGCACACCGGAGAGCGGCCAUUCGUGUGUAAUUGGUUAUUUUGUGGCAAACGAUUUACACGGUCGGAUGAGUUACAGCGACACCUUCGCACACAUACCGGAGAAAAGAGAUUCGCGUGCCCUGUGUGUAAUAAGCGAUUCAUGAGAUCCGAUCAUCUCGCAAAGCAUGUGAAAACACACAACGGAGGCAAAAAGGGAAGUUCAGAAUCUUGUUCUGAUUCAGAGGAAAACAGUCAAGGCGAGAGUGGGGUGGGAGGGAGGUCUCCAGAGCAUCCUUUGGACGUAAAGCCGGGGACGUUAGUGUGACGGGGGUGCGCGGCGCCGCCCGUGCCGCAUCAUUCCUCGUCGCUUCUGUGAUACCGCUGGCUGACCACGCCAUCUGUACAUAGCACAUAUCAACACGUCAUGUAAAGUAACGUCAAAGUGUAAAAAGGACUGAAAAGUGCGUCGUGUGAGGCCUAGUGUAUCCUGUGAGACUAAAGUGUACAGUUUAGCAUAUACUAUAAGGAAUGUCUUAUUAUUAUGAUAGAUGUAAUAUCAUGAAUAGUUUAAGUAGUUAAACACUUGUCCAAAUUGCAGUUGGUAACUUAUUGUAAUAAAUAAUUAUUAAUACCUCAGCAGGUCCCAACAAAAUCAGAGUUUAUUUAUAAAUUUAUAGAAUAGAUUAUUGUUCCUUACGAAUAAUGUAAUUAUAAAAGGUCCGACAAAUAGAUGGGCAAAAUUUUAACUUUUAUUUUAUUUUAUACUAAUACUAAAAAGAAUUAAAAUAUUCAUGGCUUAUUUUUGAACGGUACAGACGCGGACCAUUGUCCAACAGCUAGCCGAUACUAGGUAAUAUUUAUUUUCUUUUCUAUACUGUAUACCUACGUUAUUUAAAAUUUUGACCAUCUAUUUCUUUUGAUCCUUCACAUUUUCUUCGUGAUUUAUAUAACCAUUUAUGCAUUUUGUUUGUUACAUCGUCGUAUAUAGAUUGAAGUAGAAUAAUUGUUGAUUUAACAGCAUCACUUGUCAGUUAAGAU